AUGGGUCGACCAGAUGGCCAAAAGAAUCAGGCACCUCCGGUUCAACAUACGGCUAGUCCGAACAACAAGGUACAUUCCCAUAACGGUGCACCUGGUAAGCCGACAAACAUACCAACGGGCAUACGGGUCAAUUACCAACAAACACAAAAUCGCUGGAGUUCUGAACUUUUCGAUUGCAUGAACGAUAGUGAAAAUGCCGUGAUCACAUUGAUCGCUCCAUGCGUCACGUUCGGACAGAUUGCGGAGGUUGUUGACGAAGGCGCGACGCCUUGUGCGACAGCUGGGUUGUUGUACGGAGCGAUAUUUUUUUCCGGGGCAUGUUUCGUGUAUUCAUACAUGUUCAGGGCCAAGAUACGAAACAAAUACGGGUUACCAGAUGCUCCGGCUCCGGAUUGGAUCACUCACUUAGUCUGUAUGCAGUGUGCUCUUUGUCAAGAGUAUCGUGAGCUCAAGCACCAUGGUUUUGACCCCAUUCUUGGGUGGGCUGGGAAUGUUCAACAAGCACAGCAGCAAGAGAUGAUGACCCCUCCAACAGGUCAACGGAUGAUGGGUUGACUAAUAACCUUUGGUUAUAUUGUUGACAUAUUCUUUUUUCCUGUCUUUUAUUUUUCGUUACUUUCUAUAUUUUUCAUGGUCGAAGAUAAAAAUAAAUGUAAGCGAGUAGUUUCAUGUUCGUGGAUGAACGAAACAGGAGUGUGAAUUUCACGUAAUUUCUUCCUAUUUCCGAUAUAUAAACAAAUUUCUUC